GGCCGGCGACAACAACAACAUGUCUGUUGUUCGAAAUCACCGCAAAUAUUGUUUAUCCCCCAGUUAAUUAUUGUAACUUAUUGUAAUAAACGCUAAAAUGACAACCGACGAGAGCAUAAUGGAGGAGAUGCUGGAAAGAGCAACAAAUCCGGCAAAGAAAAUCGACGAAUUGGGCGUGCAAAUGUUCUGCAUUGUGGUGAAAAGUAAUGCACAAUUGGUCCACAAGGCCCAGGAAAUGAUUGUGGCCAAGGUGCAAUCUACCAAUGUGACGGAGGCAACUCGAGCGAUUUCGCUGCUGGAGGAAUGCAUGACGCAGUGCGGCGAUGUCUUCCAGGACGAGGCCGCCAAGUUCCGGUUCCUCAACGAGCUGAUUCGCCUGGUGUCCAAGAAGUACAAGGGCGCCGAGACGCCGCACGAGGUGAAGCAGCGGAUCAUGGAGUGCCUGCUGCUGUGGACCACCGAGUUUCCGCAGCGCCAGAAGAUUCGCGAUGCCUACGAUAUGCUGCGCAAGGAGGGCGACAUCGAGCACGGCACAACGGAGGCGGCGGUGGCCAAGAGGGAGAGUGUCCUGGGCACCAUCGACGAGGCCAUGUUCGCCAAGCUGAUCAAGAGCAACAAUCCGGAAAACUUCAAGCGGGCCAACCUGUUGCUGCAGUACAGGAUGGCCCAGGAAGCCCGCCGCAACGAUCUACUGGCCCAGCACCGUCUGGUCCUUAGCGAGGUGCAGGAGACGAUGCAGCUGCUCAACCAGAUGCUGGACAGCUACGACCCGUCCAACCAGGACGUCAGCGAGACGCUGCACGAGCUCUACAAGAUCUGCAAGAAGCACAAGCCCAUCUUCCAGCAUCUGCCGCAGCUGCUGGACGACUCCGAUGCCCAGCUCGUAGCCGACACCCUGUAUGCGAAUGGUGCCCUGCUGACCACCAUGCAGCGCUACAAGCUUCUGGUGCCCUCGCCCACAAAGAGCACUGCUCCUGCCUUGACCACCAGCACUUCAGCAUCCGCAACAUCCGCAACAUCCGCAACAUCCAGCACUGCCAAGGGAAAGGCCUCAGCGACGACCAGCUCCACAAAUGCUCUGCUGCUAAACGAGCUGCUUGGCGAUUUGCUGAUCAGCGGCACUGAGAGUGCAACCAAAGCCAAGGCCAGCAGUAAUUCCAAUUCAGCCACAGUUACAGCCACAGCAACCACUGGCGGUGGCGAUCCCCUGGCCGAUUUGAGUGACAUCUUCAGCAGCGCCUUGGCCGAAAGUGAGGCGGCCCAGCAGCAGCAGCAGCAGCAGCAGCAGCAACCAUUCCAGAAUGCCACCAUGUUACUAGAGCCGCAGGUCCUGAACCAAGGGAUCAGCACAUCAGAGGAAUUGGCCAAUGGCAAUGGCAACGGUAGCGACUCCAGCAAAAUACCUGGAACGGCCCGAAAGAUGCCGCAGAUCGAUAUGCUCAGCGAGGAGCUCUUCCAGCAGAUUCUGCCCAGCCAGGAGCGGAUGGCCAGCUUUAAGCGCGAUCCCGAGAAGCUAACACUUAACGAUUUGGCCAGGGAAAGGAUGCAGGUGAAGGUGCCGGAAGAGGAAACGGGUGCUCCUGCUGCUGCUCCUGCUCUUGCUACCGCUGAUGCCCUAGAUGAUGACUGUUCGCUGCUCAGUGAGGAUGUGGAGAAGAGGGAGGAGCCACCAGUUGCACCAGCAAUCCCAGUUACCCCAGCUAACCCAGUAGUUGUAAAGCCACUGAGCGAGAUCCAUGUGGAGCUGGACAACAUCCAGGCCACCGGGGAGCAGCGCAUCGUGCUCGACGACGACGACAUGCAGCUAAGUCUGAACUUCACCAGCGAGCGGCCCGGCCAUCGUGUGUCGGUGAUUGUGAUAUCUGCCCAGAACAAGAGUCGCCAGCCAGUGCACGACUUCCAGUUCGAGGCCAGCGUAAAGAAGCCCUGCAAGGUGCGCCUGCUGCCGCCGACGGACAGCCAAAUGCCGCCCCACAAGCCCUUCCGCCCGGCCACGCCCAUCAACCAGGUGAUGCUCCUCCUUAAUCCCACGGGCAAGGCCGUCGACGUCACCUGCAUCGUGGGCUACAAGCUGGGCGACGAUCCAGAUCCCAUCAAGGAAUCGAUUGUGGCCCAGGGCAUCGAUUAUGUGGAUUGAACCUAUCACAAAAAGAAAAAAAACAAACAAAAAA